UCUUUUUUUUUUUUACUUUUGUUUGAACUACAUUAUUUUUUAACGUAUUUAUAUUUUUUUUAAAAAAACCUACAAAAAAGUAUUUUCAACUCGUGCUCUUUGUUUACUACUUGACGCAAUGGCUUCAAUACUUUCUGAUGGCUCUUUAACCGAUGUAUCCUCGUCGAGUUCGCCUUCGUCAGGGUCAUAUGAUAGUUCGGGAAAUUCUUCACCUAAUGUAACAUUACGUUAUCAAAAAGGAGAAGAAGCGCUAUGUUAUCAUGGUCCUACGGUAUAUAUAGCACAAAUCUUGGACACGAGAAUAAUAUACACUAGUAAAGUUGGUGAAGUAGGUCCACAAUAUCACGUACAUUAUAAAGGAUGGAACAAGAAAUGGGACGAAUGGGUACCUGAAUCAAGAUUACUUAAGAAGACACAAGAAAAUAUAGAGAUGUACAUGAUGCCGAAGAAGCAUGUUAUGGUUGAAUCAUCAGAACAAGAUUCAGCUGAUAAUAUUGUUGAUAAUAAUAACAAUAAUAAUAAAAGGAGAUUUAAAGAAGAUGAAAGCGAUCUAGAGGGAGGAGAUAAGAAAAAUCAAAAAUUACGCUCAAAAAGAAUUAGGUUAUCCGUUGAUGUAAAGAUUGAGGAGAAAGUCAGGAUGAUUGAUGAAUGGCAGUGGAUAACUAAAAAUCAAUUAAUUAUACAUCCAAUGCCAAGAGAAAAAACUGUGGAUGAUAUUCUAAAGGAAUUUUUAGACUGGUACUUGGAAAAAUUAAGAGAACGUAAUAAAAUCACUAAACAACAAGAGUUGGAUGUAGACGAUGAUGUAGAAGAUUUUAAAGAAUUCUUUAAUGAAGCCCUUCCAAUUUAUCUUCUUUAUCGUUUUGAACGACAACAAUUUGUUGAAAUGACAGAAAAAUAUCCUGAACUUCCUUAUUCUUCAAUUUAUGGUGCAGAACAUUUAAUGCGUCUUAUUGUAAAAAUACCAGAUCUUGUAUUUUCUGUACAAAUGAAAGAAGAGAAAGCUGAGGAAAUACAAACGUUGGUUAGGGAGAUAGCAGAAUUCAUGCAGCUUAAAUGUAAAAAUUAUUACGCUACUCAAUAUGAACCUGCUGAUCCUGCUUAUAUUAGAAUUAUCUGGGAAUAUUAAUGAAAAGCUCAAUGAGAGAAUUUUACAAAAAAAGCAAAUGGAAAGUAUUAGAAGAAGUAAAUGUCAAUUUGCCAGCAUAUUGUAAAUGCUAUUUUAUUUUCAUUUUUCAAUAACUUACUUUAAUUAUUAUAAUUCUAUUAUCCUUUGUAUAUAUUUUUUUAUUUUUUUUAUUUUAGUAUUCUGCUUUAGUAAUUAAUGUAUUUUAAUUCUUUUUUUUUAUGUUUAGCUGUGAUAGUUUAUAACGUGCAGACAUAUUCUUUAACAUUAU